AUGUCAAAGAACCGGAAACCCACAGUAUACCUGUUUGUGAACAAGGAUAGCGCCUCUCUUUCUCUCUCGAGAAGUCAUGGCAGAGACGCCUCAGCCAUCCUCAGCCAUGUCCAGUCAUGUCGAAACCAGAAGAACAAGCGACUGCACAUGUUCCGCGUGGACGACGGCGUGCCAGAGCCACCCGCGAAACGGCCAAGCUCACGGCCGCCUCGACUUUCUCCCCAAAGUAUCGUCUCGUCCCGGCAGAGCUCACCGCGGCCACCACCAUCUCCCUGGACGGAGACGUCGUCAAGCAGCAGCCCGUCUGUCUCUCCGAGCCCGCUCAGCAGCAGCAUAGACUCUGCAAGUCCCCGACCGCUCAGAACGGAAACACCCGACGUCGAUGAGCUGGUGGACUACUAUCACUCGGUCUGUCUGACAUCGGACCAUCAAUCGGGCACCCCUCUGCAUCGUCAUGAUCUCUACCAGCAGAUUGUCACUUCCGACGAUUUCCAGAACUUUUCUCGGCGGAUUGCUGGAGGUAUCAACGGAUACGCCAUGCUUGCCUGCACCGCGGCGAGAAUGGCCAUCGACACGCCGAGUCGGCGGGAGGAAUUCGAGAUCAAAGCGACCCGGUAUAUGCAACCGUCCCUGCAGUGGCUACGAGAACAGCUUGCGGAUCCCCAGGCGAGAGUAUUCAGUGACCGCCAGAUCCUGCAAGAGAUGCUCCUCCACUGCGUGACCAACUGGUACCUCGGCGAAUUUGCGGCUGCCCAGACACAUCUGAAGGCGAUGGGCUGCUUUACUGCGUCUCUUGACCUGUCGAAGAGCUCGGACAGAAACUUGAUGGAUAUCAUCAAUCGCUGUGGUCUGUAUAUUACCAACCAGAGAAGGCCCGAACACCUUCCACUUCGGGGUCCGGAAUGA